AUGCGCAUGCUCGGGAACUCUACUAGAGGGCUCUCACCUAAACAGCGCCGCCUCUUAUAUAGGUCGUGUGUGGUCCCCAUUGCCACAUACGGCUAUCGUCUCUGGUAUUUUGAUGGCGCCCGUAAUAAGGGCGCGAUGAACCAGUUGAAACGGAUGCAGCGAAAAGCUGCUCUAUGGAUUACGGGUGCUUUCCGCACCUCCCCCACCGGCGGUCUCAAGGCUCUAGCGGGUCUCAUCCCUGUCCAUCUUAUGCUGAAGAAGUUGGCAACACGCGCAGUGUAUCGCGUCACUACCCUCUCAGACACUCACCCUCUUCGCUCUAUGAUGGGCGAGGGACUCCUUAAGCGAGCCGCACCACAUGCUCGCUCAGCCGCCUUGAUGACCCCAGCCAUGCGAGGGAAAGUCAAGAGCACUGUCAUGGAGGUGGACGAGCGUGUCCACACCUUAACUGAGAGCUUCGAGCCUUUUGCGCCCGAAGCUCGCCCAGGCGAUUGGUUACUGGACCACUAUGCGGACCGUCUCCACUUUGACAAGCGUGAUCCUACCCAGGAUAGGCGUCUGUAUCUAGACGAGCUCAUCGCGAGAGCGAGGGCCGACCCACUAACAGUACUGGCUGCAACUGAUGGCUCUGUCCCUCAGUCCAACCAGUAUCAGGCAGCUUUGGCUGCUAUAAUCUACAAGGGACAUCGCGAGCUCGAAAGGACUCGCUAUGUCUCUGGCAGAGUUACCGCCCCAGAUGCAGAACUCAAUGCCAUCUCGUGCGCAGUGCGCCUUGCUGUUAAGCAGGCAAACUGCCAACAUAUCAUGGUAUUUACUGACUCUAUGGGCUCAGCCCAUAGAGCGGUUGACCCCGGCGUGCAUUCUGGUUUUAACACGUACGCUACACAGCCUGGUUACUAA